CCUUGGCAGCACUGUAUGUUAGGUUAUCUUGACGUAAGAGUUCUCCAUUACGUGUCGAUCUCUGGCAUAAUUUUCGGACACAUGUAAAUAAUAGUCCGUUUAACAAUGUCAACGCGAACCGUUGCGUCCGUUUUAGGGUUUACAAUAAUUGCGAAUACGUGUGUUAACAUGAUAACAGAUUUCCACGAUGGAGCGAACGAUCUUUAUGGUCCAUAUCCUAGGAUACCAGACAAGGAAAAAUUAAAGAAACAGUUAGAGGAAGCCGCGGAGAUGAAAAAGUUUUAUGUAUCUCCUUCGCAAACAAAAGCAAACUUCGCAUUGAUGAAAUUUUAAUUUGGAUAUUGUAUAAUGUGUCGUACACAAUAAACGUGUGUAUCCUCUCUGCGGAGAGAAUAACUUGAUAGUGAAUAAAUAUUAUAGCAGUUUAUAAUAA